AUGCGUGGAACCCUGCCGCAAGGAGGUGACCAAGUGCAGCACCAGAUGCGUGGAACCAUGCCGUGAGGAAGUGACCAAGUGUACCACCAGAUGUGUAGAUCCAUGUUGUGAGAGAGUGACCAGGUGCACCACCAGAUGCGUGGAACCCUCCUGUAAGGAGGUGACGAAGUGCACCACCAGAUGUGUAGAUCCAUGCUGUGAAGAAAUUUCCAAGUGCCCCACCAGGUACGUAGAUCCAUGCUGUGAGAGGGUGACCAAGUGCACCACCCGAUGCGUGGAUCCAUGCUUGACCAGAUGCACCACCAGGUGUGUGGAUCCAUGCUGUGAGAGAGUGACCAAGUGUACCACCAGAUGCGAGGAACCCUGCUGCGAGGAGGUGACCAAGUGCCCCACCAGAUGCGAGGAACCCUGUUGUGAGGAGGUGACCAAGUGCCCCACCAGAUGCGAGGAACCCUGUUGUGAGGAGGUGACCAAGUGCUCCACCAAGUGUGUGGAUCAGUGCUGUGAAGAAGUGACCAAGUGCCCCACCAGAUGCGAGGAACCCUGCUGUGAGGAAGUGACCAAGUGCCCCACCAAGCGCGUGGAUCCGUGCUGUGAGGGUGUCCAGGCUGUUACGAAGUGCGUGGAUUCCUGUCCCACCACCUGUGUGACACAAUCCACUCCCCAGUGUGUGGGUGUAUGCUGCUCUCGCUGUGGCCGGCGCUACGCCAUCAAGUGUGCAGAUGUCUGCCGUCGUAAAUGCAAAGUGGCUCCUUGA